AUGGAUUUGGCGUUGAGAGACAUGGGGCUGGACGCCUCGGUGAUAGCCGCCAUCCACGACAUGCUCGACUUCUCUGAUGAGAGCGGCGACAAGCAGCCUCAUCCCUCGAACUUCGUCCGCGAAAACAAAGCCAUGCGAGCCACUGCCGCCGACAUCCUCGAGUUUCCGAACUCCUACGUCUUCAUCGUAAACAUGCCCGGCAUCCGUCCCGACCAGAUCCGCGUCCAGGUCGAGGACGGCAACAUCCUCUCCGUGGCAGGCGAGCGCAGCCGAGACAAGGACCGCGAGCAAAAGGAAGGCGUCAAGUACGUCCGCAUGGAGCGCCGCCAGGGCAAGUUCCUCAAGCGCUUUGAGCUCCCCGACAACGUGAACAACGACGCCAUUUCCGCCCACUACCAAGACGGAGUGCUGACCAUCACAGUCGAGAAGCGCCCUCGGCGAGAGCCAAAGAAGCCCAGGACCAUCGAGGUCAAGGUCGGCAGCGGCGGCGGAGGAGGAGAGGCGAAAGGAGAGGGGCACGGCUCCGGCGGGGAUCAGGGCGACGGAGCUCCGGAAAAGCAAGGCAGUUGA